CCGGUUGCACAAUCGCUAGAUUGGCCUGGACAAGUCGACCGACCAGGGAACUGCAACCUCAAGCUCCCCCUGUUUUUGUUGCACCGAGAGCCCUGCAGUUCUGGGACAGCUCUGGGAGGGUCUCUGGGUAUGAACCCGGAGUGGAGGGUCUAAAGUUGCUGCUCUGGGCCACUGAAAAGUUCUGCCAGCUGCUCUGAGUUGCGGGCAGGCAGGAAGGGGAGGGCUCGUCAGGGAAGGGGGAGCCAGGCGCGGGCUCAGGGUUGGGUCGGAAAAGCUGCCUCACUGCGCUGUUCUGCUCCUCCGGCUCCAAGCUCUGGCCUGGGCCUCCAGUACAGUUUCCGAGCCUACCCCGAGGCUGAGCCCGCAGCGGCUUCGCCAAAAUGUCCCAGUCCGGCCCGAAGUCCGCCGCUUCGCCCAGGUCCCGGCAUGUCGCCGCAGCCAGCCACACCCAGGAGCAAGUUAAUGAAAAGAAUACUGGAUCAUCUUUGAGAUCAGGAGAAAAGAAAGGAUCAGAUGAGAAAAAAGCAGCAAUUUUGGGGAGUAGUCAGCCUUCCAGAGCCCAUGCUGGUGGAGCUGCCACAACUACCAAGGUGCCAGCUUCCUCUGCUGCAACCAGCAAGUUUCCCAGUAUGAGUACCACAGAAGCUAAGGCCAUUCCAGUCUGCAAGAUGGAAGGACCACAUCCACCUGACAAGAAAAGGCACAGAAAACAGGCUAUGAAAACAGAGUCUGAGAAGUCACAAUCAAAUAAGCCAUCUGUGGCUCAUGAGAAAAAGUCUCAAGAAAGAAAGCCAAAGGAAAGCUCAGAGCCCCCAAACCUUCCCAGCCAUGCUUCAGAUGCAGGAAGUAAGCAUGCUCAUAAAGAAAAAGCAGUUUCCAAGUCAAAUGAGAAGAUGGUGUCAGAGAAAUCGGCAGAACCAAAGACAAAAUCACAAGAUGCUCCUGUUGCUGCUGGAGAGAGUGUGGUUUCUAGUGUGAGUGUGGCUGCAGCAUCAGACAAGGCGGAUGGCAAGAAAAAAGAAAAGAAAUCAUCAACUCCAGCUUCACGAGUGGAGUCCAAACCAAACAAGCCACCUGGCAAGUCAGGCAUGGAUGCUGCUUUAGACGACUUGAUAGACACUUUAGGGGAACCUGAAGAAACUAACAAAGAUGAGCCACAAUACACUGGACCAAUAGUUUUGGACCCAAUGGAUUCUACCUACAUUGAGGCAUUGGGUAUAAGAGAAGGGACUAUUCCUCCAGAGUACAGGAAAUUUCUGGCUAAUAAGGAAGGGAUCACAGGACCUCCUCCAGACUCUUCUAAACCCAUGGGGCCUGAUGAUGCUAUAGAUGCCUUGUCAUCUGACUUCACCUGUAGUUCUCCGACUGGGAAGCAAACUGAGAAAGAGAAAUCAACAGGGGACGUUUUCAAAGCUCAGUCUGCUGGAGUGACCAGAAGUGCCAUUCCUCCCCAGGAGAAGAAAAGAAAGGUGGAAGAGGAUGUCAUGAGUGAUCAAGCCCUGCAGGCUCUGUCAGAUUCACUGGGCACCCGGCAGCCAGACCCUGAGAUCCACCUUAGCCAAGCUGAACAAGUCAAAGAGGCAAAAGCAAAAGAAGAAAGGCAGGAGAAGUGUGGUGAAGAUGAUGACACAGUUCCUUCUCAGUUCAGGUUAAAGCCAGCUAUGGAUAAAGAUGGAAAACCACUAUUGCCAGAGCCUGAAGAAAAGUCUAAGUGCCUGAGUGAAGCAGAGCUGGUUGGACAACUCUCAGAAGAUUUUGGCCGAUCUGCAUAUCAAGACAAACCAUCUCUACCAGCUGAGAAAAUAGAAAAAUCUAAGGACACAUCCCCAGCUCCUGUGGCUGAGGCUGUGCCUCGGGCCUCCAUGUGCAGUAUACAGUCAGUACCACCCAAACCAGCAUCAUUGGGCAUGGUGCCAGAUGAUGCUGUAGAAACUUUGGCUGGAAGUCUGGGGGAAAGGGAAGUAAAUCCAGAAGACGAAAAACCUGUGGUGGAUAAACUCAAGGAGAAAUCUAAAGAAGAAGACCGUGAAAAACUUGGUGAAAAAGAAGAAACAAUUCCUCCUGAUUAUAGACUAGAAGAGGUCAAGGAUAAGGAUGGAAAACCACUCCUGCCGAAAGAGCUUAAGGAACAACUUCCUCCAUUGAGUGAUGACUUCCUUCUUGAUGCAUUGUCUCAGGACUUUUCCAGUCCUGAAAACAUACCCUCUCUUGAAUUUGAAGAUGCCAAACUUUCUGCUGCCAUCUCUGAAGUAGUUUCCAAGACGCCUGCUCCCAACACGAACGCAGCAGCCCCACCACCUGACACUGAGCACAGAGACAAAGACCUCAAUGAUGCUUUGGAUGAACUCUCUGACAGUCUUGGGGAAAGACAGCCUGACCCAGAUGAAAACAAACCAGUAGAUGACAAAGUAAAGGAAAAAGUUAAAGCAGAACAUAGUGAAAAACUGGGAGAAAGAGAAGACACCAUCCCACCUGACUAUAGGCAUCUUCUGGACGAUGACGGGCAGGGUAAACCAGAGAAGCCACCUACAAAGAAAUCAAAGAAGCCUGAUCAUGACCAGGACCCCAUUGAUGCCCUCUCACAAGAUUUGGACAGCUGCCCCUCAACUACAGAGAACUCACAGCAUACAGGAAAGGAGAAGAGCAAGAAGAUGGGUUCAAAUUCCAAAGCACCCAAGAAUGGAGUGAAAACAAAGGAUUCCUCCAAGAAGUCAGAGGAAGCGUCCAAUCCAAAGGCUGACAAAAAUGAAAGCUAAGUUACACAUUUGGGUAUCUGAAUAGAAAUUCUUCAGCUGAUGGGUGGUGACUUUUGAAGAACAACGGCUUUGGUGACAAUUUUUCUGGGUGGUUUCUAGACAAUGCUAUUUGUUAUGUCUUUUGACAUCUUAAACAUUGGUUUGUUGUCUUUUCCAAAAACAAAAUGAAUUUGUCUGGUUCGCCUGUGUUACUGUAUUGAGUAUGGAUAAAGUUCAAAGAUCUUUAAUUGCCUUUAAGUGGGAGAAGAAAGCUUUAUAUUUGUAAGAGAUAUAUUUGAUAGUUUCUUAAAACACUCACACACACACACACACACACACACAAAAAAAAAAAGAGAAAACCUUCGCAAACUUUUGCACAUUAUAAAUAGUGCCUGUAAAUCCCAGUAGUAUUUUUGGUUUGCACUUAAUUUUUUAGCAUUUGAAAAAUAAUGCACUCACCUUUCGUCAGUAUUCUGAUUUCUUAUUACCUCUUUUCCUCUUGGGCUUUUGAAUUGUAUUUGAUAUAUCUUCGGGUUUAUGUUGAUAAGUCAAAUAUAAAAUAUUGUACAUUGGGCACGUAACUCCUUUGGGGCUGCUAGUAAUAAAUUAAUGAUAAAUAACCUGGGCAAACCAGGGAGCACCAGUCUCCUUUCGUACCUGAUCUCUCCUUUACUAAAAGUGAGGACUUCUACUUCUGGUCAGAGACGACACAACUGAGAGGUGAUCUAAGUCAGCAGAAGAGCAAAGCCAUAGGGUAGAGACAUCACUGCACACCAAGUUUCAACAAUAAAGUUGGAAUUCUUAGAAUACUCAAACGCCUUGAAGUAUACUAAUUUACUAUGGCAUUAAACUAUGGUUUCCACACUCUACAACCUCAGAUUGAAAUUAUUUGCUUAGAGCCAUUUGCUAAAUUGUCUUUAUGUCUUCUAUGCAAAGCAGGUUAAGGUACCCUAACAUCUUUGAAUGGUAUCUCAAAUUUUUCUGAGCACUGCACUGGUAUCAUUGAUGGAAUUUUGAUAAACAGUUCCAUCUAUACUUCCUGGCACUGAAUGCUGGAAAAGAUUUCAGGUAUUUAUAAACUAGACUUCAACUUUCUUGUUUCCACAGAUCACAGCCUCCUUUACUAUCAAUGCAACGAUUUUAUUAGGAUUGAAUUAACUUUACUAACAUCACCUAGGGGCAGGCAAGACCAACCAAAAGUAAUAACACUCAUAAUGAACAUGAUAUUUGUUAACCAUCUCCAAAAGUAGUCUCUACAAAUCAUUCAUGGACCUUUUAAAUGUCAAAUUCUACCCAUGAAAUUGUCGAAUUCCCAGUCCCAUAAAAAGGGUGGUCACUGUUCUAUUUUCAAGGCACCAACAAGAAAAGAAUGUAUUCCCUGAGAAAUUUGAACCCAUUGGUGUCUAAUACUGGGAUACAGUAAGGUGUUAGCUCUUUUUGUUUGUAAAAAAUAUGCUGAAACCUUUGACUUUGAUAAAUAUACCUCAAAGACUAUGGCUGUAGUAUACAAACAUCCAUGCACAUAUAGGAAUAUUUUUAAGUGAUGUAACAAAAUACAUAAAUUUAAAAGUGCCUAUAGAAUCACAUGUAAAGGUGAGGUACCUAAAAUAUUUUUUUUUAAUUAGAAAUAUCCUAAAAACUUGAGUGUUUGCUGAUAACUCACAGAGACUUGUAUGAGCCAUGGGAUCUAAAAGAGUCUUUUUUUAUGAAUUUUCAAGACUGGCUUUCUCUGUGUAACAGUCCUAGCUGUUCUGGAACCUACUUUGUAGACCAGGCUGGCCUGGAACUCACAGAGAUCCACCUGCCUCUGCCUCCCGAGUGCUGAGAUUAAAGGGGUAUGCCACCAAUGCCUGUCCCUUUUAUUAGUCUUUUUUACCUUUUGCUUUUUUAACCCAUCUAGUGAAGACAAAACAAUUGCAGCUAUCUUCUUAGAAAUAAAGAAUAAAUGGAUUUUAUUUCCAACAAGUUGCUGCGCAUGUAAUAUUUUACAUUUAGAAAAUGGGAUUUUCCAAAAGUGAAAGUGACCAAAGCAAAAAGUCAGUUUUUGUGUAUCAUUAAUCAAGAUGUAAAAUGCAAUUAAAGGAAAAUAUUUUACAUGAAAA